AUGGAAACUCAAGUUUUUAUCCCAUUUAGACCUAAUCCUAACCCUUCACCUCACGAUUCUCGCGAAAUGUCGGAUCCCAAAGAGAAAUUCUUUCGCUACUUCCAAGCAGAAAUAACUGCUAUCCAGGGCCAGAUCGACGACCUAGCAACUAUUUCUCACGUAGGCGGAGAGCGACAAGACUGCAUAGAUACAGUGUUAGCAGGGAUCUCCCGUUUGUCUAACGAGGUUAUGGACGCUGGUGACUAUAUCCCUGCCUACGAUCAACGAGCGUACUCUCAGGCCAUGAAAGCUCUCACCGAUAAGCUCAACGAGACCACCGCCAGUUUUGCGCCGAAGUCACGCUUUCAGUUCAAGUCAAAGUCUUCUAAACAAGCUCCCGGUGCAGAGACGCAGAUUGACCCGCGACAACGUACCUUCUUUAAUAAUGUCGGGUCGAAACAGUCGCCGGUCCUCGACGCGGCGAAACGUGAUGCGAUUAAUGCCGCGAAUGAUGCGACUACGUCCUCGAAGGACUACAACGAAGAUGUUGAGCAACAGUCGGGUGUGAGAAAGCCGAGUUUCUCCAACGCGAAGAGCAUCUCCAUAUAUGACCACUCCGGAUUACACAUCAUGCUUCCGUCGACAGCCUCGAGGGCUACAUCCUCUGGUAGCUUGACCAACUUGGAUCGAUGCGUUGUAGAUAUGACAGUCGCUACAAGUACGGGGGCGCCGUUCGCUGGGUUGGCUAUGAAGAAUAUCAAGCAGAGCCUCAUUAUCGCCGGGCACGUCGCAGGACCUGUACACAUAACUGGUCUGCAGAACAGCAUAGUCGUGGUUGCCGCACGGCAGGUUCGCAUACAUGAGUGCAAGGACGUUGACGUUUAUCUCCACUGCGCAAGCCAUCCCAUCAUCGAAGAUUGUUCGGGAAUGCGAUUUGCGCCGUUACCUGAGUUCUAUGCAUCCAAGUUAGAAGUCAAAGGUGAGAAUCAAUGGGACCAGGUAGACGACUUCAAGUGGUUAAAGAGCGAACCAUCGCCGAACUGGAGCGUUUUAGCUGAGGACAAGCGCAUCCCGGCAGACGUCUGGGAGAAUUCGGUGUGCGGGAGCCCGAGUCUUAGCACAGAUGAUAUAUUACGAAAAGCAGGCAUUCUCGGCUCGCGAGCUUCCUGA